AUGAAAGAGGCAGAUGAACGUAUGUUUGUUCAUGUUAAACAUGCUGCUGAAAAUUUUCCACGCAUUCUUGUCAAGACUGUAGACAGUGAUGUUGCUGCUAUUGAGUUGUCAGCUUUCCACAGAAUACCUGCAUGGCAUCCAGGAGCUUUGACUCGAGGGGAAGCACUUAAAGUACAUUCCAAUACACACGAUUGCUACUUCUCUGGGACCACAGAUAUCAACCGCUCACAAUUGUCGUUUCACUACUUUAGCGGUUGUGAUACAACUUCAUCUGUUCAAGAAGCUACCACAACCGCUCCACAGGCAACAACGGAGACCACAGAAAUGAUGGCAUCUAACACUGGAUUCCAGGCGCGACUGAAGGCUGAUGUCCCUGGUAUAUUCAUCAGUGACUGCAUUUGCCAUUCAUUUGCUCUUUCGCAAACCAUACCAAUCAUUGCCUCCCAUCGUGGUUGGAGGCAUUCGUCAAAGGAGGUGGUUCAGGUGCCCCAUCUUAAGGUGCUUAAACUCUUUCAAACACGAUGGUUAUCACGAGGAGAAGGCUGUUUCAGGAUACUAGAACAAUGGGAUGCAUUGCUAUUGUUCUCUGAGGCUGAAUCACGAGCAGAUGGGGUUGAUGGUGCAUCAACGAUACACGAAAAGCUAACAACAGUAGAGACAAAACACGUGUUUUUGUUCCUUACUGCUGACAAGCGAUCUAACAGGCUCUUCCCCUUGACACCGUCUUUGGAAACAGCGAUCCCCGAUCCGCGUUGGUUCAUUUUGAACACCCAAGCAUCACACCAUCCUAUGGAUCUGAUUAAGCAUGAACAACUAAAUAUCGCUGAUAACAAAUUCAGUAUCUGGAUGAACUGUAUCGUGUUUGUGAAUUCCCGUAGCUUCUUUGUCCGUCUGGAAUGCCAAGAUGUACCUACAACAUUGCCGUCAACCACAGAAUCAGCGACAACUGAGGUAUCUUCAACAUUGCCGCCAACCACAUCAGUGACAACUGAGGUACCUACAACAUUGCCGCCAACCACAUCAGUGACAACUGAGGUACCUACAACAUUGCUGCCAACCACAUCAGUGACAACUGUGGGACCUACAACAUUGAAGCCAACCACAUCAGUGACAACUGAGGAUGAUACAGACCCAGUCUUGUACUGCCCAGCUGAUAUAGAGAUGUGUGCAGUAACUGGUUCAAUAACAACAUAUGUGUCUUGGGAUCCCAUCAAUGCAACUGACAACUGUUGUGAUAAUGUCACUAUAACAUCAAAUUAUAAAUCAGGAAAUGAAUUUGAAAUUGGUGAAAACGUAGUCACAUAUACAGGAACAGACUGUAAUGAAAACAGUGGAUCAUGUAAUUUUACUAUUGUGGUGCUGGAUUGUGAAGCUCCUGUGUUGAACUGUUCUCAAGACUCGACGGUUUAUGCUGCUGAUGAUGAUUGCCAAUCCCAUGUUAACUGGACUGACAUAACAGCAUCUGAUAAUUAUGACAGUGAGGUAAAUGUUUUCUGUAACCCAACUGAAGGUAUAUUUGAUAUGGACAACUACACUGUAACCUGUAAUGCAACAGAUAUGGCAGGCAACACUGGCAAUUGUUCCUUUGACAUCUACAUUUUCGAUGCUAUUUCACCUCAUGUGACAUGUCCAGACGAUAUUACAGUUGAUACUGAUGUAGGUGUUAAUACAGCAUACGUUACAUGGGAAUCUGCAUUUGCUACUGAUAACUGCUGUCUCGAUAACAUUAAUUUGUCAUAUAAUGCUACGAAUGGCAGUGAUUUUAAAAUUGGAGUUACUAAAAUUUCAACCACAGCAGUGGACUGCUACGACAACCAGGAUGAAUGUGUCUUCCAUAUUAAUGUUGAAGACAAUGAAGCACCAGUGCUUGAAUGUCCCCCAAACCAAAACUUAACUGCAGAUUCUAACUGUAUGGCAACCACUACCUGGAUGCCACCGAAUGUCACAGACAACUCUGGGGAUACUUCCAUACCGGAAUGUGAUUAUGUAAAUGGAAGCACCUUUUCUGACUACAUUACAAUUGUAACCUGUAAUGCCACAGACGAUUAUGACAACACUGGAAAUUGUAACUUUACAAUUAAUGUCAUUGAUGAGACAGUCCCUAAUGUGACUUGCCCAGUUGACAUUGAGGUGUGCACUGACCUAGGAACAGAUUCAGUGAAUGCCACCUGGGAACCAGCCAAUGCAACUGACAACUGCUGUAGUGAUGUCAACAUAACUGCUAACUACACCAGUGGAGAACCUCUGAGCCUUGGUGUAUACACUGUAGAAUAUACAGCAACAGAUUGUAAUGGGAAUGUUGGUUACUGUAAAUUUACUGUUGAAGUUAAAGAUUGUGAGCCUCCGGAUCUUGAAUGUCCACCUAGCCAAAACGUAACAGGUGAUGAGAACUGCUUGGCAAAUGUCACCUGGACAGCACCCAAUGUUACUGACAACUCUGGAGACUCUUUCACACCAGUAUGUGAUUAUAUAAGUGGAAGCACAUUUGUUGAUGUCAGCACUGUUGUUACAUGUAAUGCCACUGACUAUUAUGAUAACACUGGCAAUUGUACAUUUACCAUUACUAUUUAUGAUGAUGAAGAUCCAGUCAUAAAUUGCCCAGCUGACAUAGAAGUUUGUGCUGAAACUGGUUCUAUAGCAACAUCUGUCACUUGGGAACUCAUCAACGCAACUGACAACUGUUGUGACAAUGUAAACAUAACGUCAGAUUACGCAUCAGGAGAUGAAUUUGAAAUUGGUGAAAAUGUAGUAACAUACAUAGCCACUGACUGUAGUGACAACUCUGUAUUAUGCAAUUUUACUUUAGUAGUGAUUGAUUGCGAAGCUCCUGUUUUGAACUGUUCGCAAGAUGUAGAAUUUGAUGCUGAUGAUAAUUGCACUUCCGAUGUAACUUGGACUGAAGUGACAGCAACAGAUAAUUAUGAUAGUGAUGUAACUGUGUUCUGUAACCCGACUGAAGGUAUUUUUCCAUUGGACAACUACACAGUAACCUGUAAUGCAACAGACAUGGCAGGAAACACUGGCAAUUGCUCCUUCAAUGUUUACAUUUUUGAUGUAACAUCUCCUGAUGUGAUAUGUCCAGACGAUAUUACUGUUGAUACUGACGAAGGUGUUAAUACCGCUGGAGUGUCAUGGACCUCUGCCAUCGCUACUGAUAACUGUUGUGAAGAUGCAAUUAUUGAGUCUUACAAUGUCACAAAUGGAACCGAAUUUAGCAUUGGAGUUACUGAAGUUCUUUUUACAGCAAUAGAUUGCAAUGGAAAUCAGAAUGAAUGUGUCUUUUUUAUUGAUGUUGAAG